AAUAGUGAGAAAGUAAAACAAAAAAGAUAAUUUUAUCAAAUUCUUAUUUUUGAACAUCCGACCAGGGAUGAAAUUCUAAGAUAUCGAUAAUAGGCAAACAGCUGUUCUUUGUUUACAUUUAAGUUGUUUAUUAAAAUGUCUUCGAAAAGAGUUCGAGGGAAAAACUUUUCUGAGCAAGAAAAGCAUGCCCUCAUUGAUUUAGUGCUAUUAAACAAGGAUAUUCUGCAGGACAAGAAGAAGGAUGCCGCAACUUGGCGGCGAAAAGCAGAAACGUGGAAGCGUCUAACCAUAGAAUUUAGGGCCCAAACGGGGACCGAUCGAUCAUGCGCUGCGCUUCGGGAGAAAUACGAUAAUAUGAAGAAAAAUUUCCGGAAUAAAUACAGAGGAGUUAAAAACUGGGACAAGGAAAAGGAGCCCAAUAGUGCUGGAAAUUCGUGGUGUUCCAUGUCGUCGACAUCGGAAAACAAUGGUAAAUAUAAUCGAGAAAUCGCCGCCACACCGCUGGAAACCCAGUUUGACAGUAAUGGAAAUUUUCAGUUAUUAAAUGUUGCCAAAGAAAAAAAUCGUUCAAUUAGUUCGAAAAAUUCUGACAUGUCCCUUUUACAACAAGAAAAUAUGGACGACAUUGGGGAACCCGAAAUAGACAGCUUGGAGUCUUUACAAGAUUGGGCGACAAACGAAUUCCGGGAAUUCGGUUUCUCAAGUUUGCAGGAAAGUGUUGAGCAGGAGCAGUUGAAAUUUCUUAAAUUACAACAGCAAUAUUUUAGAGACCAAAAUUCGAGAGCUGCUGAGAAACAUAAAUACGAAGUAGAGAAACACACUGCUGAACUACAAAUUGCACAAUUAAAUAAGCAAUUAAUUGAAUUGGAAAUUGAACUGAAACGUGAUGAACUGUCUAGAAUUAAGACAAGAACUUUAAGUUAGUCUAACUUCUCUUAUAGGUUAAUAUAUUCCGAUCACUUCACUUUGAUUGUUUUUACGUACUAAAAUUUAAGUAGUUUAAAUAUAUCAUUUAAUAACUAUACAUUUUAAUUAAAAA